CUCCUUCUUCCUCCUUCACAUUUUCUCUCUCAACCCUCCCCAAAUCCGUCUUGCACAGUUUGAGCCUGCGCCCGGAUAAGCUAACAGAGAAGUGUGCAGGCCUCCACAAGCGACGCACUGAACCGAUAUCAACGCCAUCAGUUGGCGAUACACACUUGGUCGACAUGUCGACCACAAACCUCCUGGACCUGCCCCAACAAGCAGGCCUUACGGCCAUCGAAGCCGAAAUCGACGACAAACCAGAGUCCUCAGCCAUCUCUGUCGCCUCUGACUCCACUGGUUCGUACCGAACCGCCAGGAGCUCACCCCCUACAGUGCCUGCGGAAUACGCCAACUGUAGGUUCCUCAAAUUCCCCGAGAGCCAGGUCCUCUGCGACGCCCCUUUCUCGGAGGGCGGUUGCCGCUUCUGCAGGAACAUUUCCCGCCGCGAGGUCGCCCUGAUGGACGUUCAUCUCAAGGAAGUCGUGAAUCUGGAGCUCGAGGAGAAAGUCGAGAAGAAACUUGAAGAAGAGAAUGCCAAGAAGAUCCGAACAAUGAAGAGAAGGUUUGCCUAUCUCGUAAGUUUGUAUCAUUCACUAAGAUCACAUGAUAAGUCACUCAUGGCAACACAGCUUGAUACGGCGCUCCGGCCCGCACAGAAUCCGAUAGAUGACCGAGCAUUCAGCACUCGGCAGAACUGGAUUGCGAGACUUCGAGAGAUUUUGGAGCCUGGUGACCGUUCCGAAGAACGGGAAGCCGAACUCGACAGGCAGCUAAAGGAUGCCGAACGGGGUAUGGACGAGAUGCUGGACCAAGUUGGGCCUUUGGGGGACAUACCGUUCCAAAUGGCGCGGGGCAGGGGGAAUCGUGGUGGCCUUGGUGGAGGAAGUCGUGGUGAAACUCGUGGAGGGAAUCAUGGUGAACCUCGCGAAGGACCUCGCGGGGCAUUUCCUGGCCGUAUACCGAAUACUCCCAACUCUGACAGAGGCCAACGAGGCCAACGAGGCCAACGAGGUCAAAGAGGUCAGCGAGGCCAGCGAGGUCAUCGUGGCCACUAUAAUUAGGCUGGUGACCGUACAUGCACAGAGGGACAUCUAGAAUUUCGG